AUGAAUGGCUCACAUAAUUCCAAUAAUCCAGCAUACCCCUACCUCGACGGCAUCCAAACGUACUCAAACGAAGAAUUUAGUAGAUUCUUCGAUCCUGCUCUGUUUGAAGACACCACCAUUGGACCAGGCUUCUCUCAACAGUCCCAACCACUCCCUCAAAACUUCAAUCAAGAUGUCUCCAGGCAGUCUCACAGCCCGCUGCCUCAAUUCAAUUCACCUCAGCCGGCCUAUCAAACCCACAACCAAUACUCUCAGCCUCAACUCUAUGACACUCGCCCACUGCCCCAGCAACAGAACUAUGAUACUCGCUUCUACUCUGGGCCGUCACCGCCGGCUCUUGGCUACGAGGGUGGAUAUAGCUUCCAGCCUCAGAUGAACUACAACACCCAGAACUUCAAUCCCCAGCACCUCAAUAUGCCGCCGAGACAGACGCCUACACCGACUAAUUACCCCCCUGCAUCUGGACAACAGCAGCACACUUCCCCUUUCGUCAAUAUACAGCCGUCACCCAUGGCUCAGAUGCAGAAUCCUGAGAUGGUGCAUUAUGGCAAUUACCAGAAUCAGAACCGUCAAUCAUCGAGUUCUUUUGUUGAUCCAAACCUGCUCUCGGCAGGGCAGAUGUUGGGCACCACAAACAACAACGUUAACUUUCAGCAGCAGCAGCAGCAGCAGCAGUCAUAUUCCGCUCAACCAUCCUACUUCAAAGCUGGCUCUACAGUCGAUCCAAGGUCAUUGCAAGGUGCACACCCAGUUCAACCUUCACCUUCUCCUGCUACGCAGCAGCCUCAAAUACCAGUGUUGAUCCCCAAACUUGAACACGCUCAGCAGACGAGACCUUCGAAAGACCAAACACUUCCCAAGAAGACUAAGAAAAAAGGUUCCAACGAAGCUGCAUCCGACUCAGAGGAUGAGUUAUCAAUUCAAUACGAGGAGCCUGAGCCUCCAGAGCCAACGCCACCAUUCCUGAGCUUGGCUCCACCUACAGAAGAGGGCCAAAAAUCACAGUAUCUCGCUGUUCAGGCAGUGUUCUCACCCCGUAAUAAGCCUGCUCCUCCCGAGAAAGUCCGGGGUGGUAUUGCAAGCUUUGGUGAUGCCGUUCGGUCGCUGCGAGAUGCCUGGAAAGUCAAAAAUGAAAGUUUGAGGAAGGCCGAGUUACCCGACUCCCCAACAGCCAAAGAUGCCGAUGCUCUUAAAAAGGAAGUCGCCCGCUAUCGUUCGCUUGUUCAGGAGGUGAUGACGAAGUCGAUAAAUUUGGGACACCCCUCCAUCGUCAAAAGACUUGGCGAGAACCACUUCACAAUGGCAGCGCUGUCAUCGUUCAUGCUUGAUCGAUUUACUGUCGGGGACUACGACAGCCCCCUGACGCUGGCAAUUUUAAAGUUCGUUAUCAAGUUUGAAACGCUCGACUUCGAAACGUUGGAAAUGACGAAACUUUCGAAGUUGCUACAACGCUUGACGAAAAAAGCAACGACAGAGGUCAAGACAUUGGCACAGUCCAUUCUUGACAGUGCUACAGCUGUGUCUGCUAAGAAGAAGGCCACGAGCAAAUCCGAAAACUCAGGAUCACCCAAUAUUGGUGGUAGCCCCAUGGAAGCGGUCGCGGGAACGAAGCGACCUCGCGAGGGCGAAUCCGCGUCACAGCCUGUUCCCAAAAAGGCUGUCAAAGUACAAUCGUCAAAGCCUCUGGCAUUGCAGAAUGCCGAACGUAGAAAGGCUUUGGAAGCUGCUAAAGCUGCCGAUAGGCCCGUAGCUACUGCUUCAGUCCCAGCAAAGGCAAAAGUCGCCGUGACGGCGCCUCCCAAAUCUGCUGUCUUUUCGUCUCUAAUGUCCGCGUCGAAGAAGCCGGGAACUUCCAUUGCUGCUCGUGCUGCUGCAGCCGCAAAGGAUAAGGGUCCUGCAGCGACAAGUGCUCCAGCUCCACCGGUGGUAGCAGUAAAGAAAGAAGCUGCACGCAAAGAAUCACCGCCGAUUACGGGCGCUUCUGCGCCCAAGACCGCGCCAACACCUUCUGCACUGCUCGGUCUGCUUGCUGACAUGGAAAAGAAACCCCAGAAAGAAGUCAAGAAGGAAACCGAGAUGCCGAAUGAGACAGAAGAAGAAAAGGCCAAACGUCUUCGCAAAGAGGCACGCAGAAAGCUACGUGUGACAUGGAAGGCGGAUUCGGAUUUGGUACAGACUCGACUCUUCACUCAUGACCCGGAUGAGGAAAUAGGUGACGGCGACAGCCUUAAACGUGACGCUGGCGACACGGGUCGCGAAGGUGAGGCUUUGAAACUUCAUCAAUCCAUGGAUGACCUGGACGAUGAAGAGGACGAAAACGAACAUUCACAUGAAGAUUUUGAACCCUAUUCACCACCGAGCGAGGUGGAUUUCACAGUGCUUGAAAACGAAACCGGCUCAUCAGAAGCUAACUUCUUCAAAUUUGGAGGUGCAAAGAAAGCCGAAGGCGUGAGUAGUGAGGCACAAAACAAACGUGAGCAAGAGACCGUCAUGGCGACAUUUGCAUCGAAAUCCGAUCGACCUUCGACGCCAAAAGAGCCAGAUGAGAACGAGGAGGGUGACUUUGAACCGGCAGAGCCCGCCAUUGACUUUGGCGAGCCCAACGGGAAAACUCGCCAACGCGAAAAGGAUUUUCAAGCACGUCAAGUGCGAAGCCAGCCUGGUUUCCCAAGCCAGCCUCAGGUUUCUUCGGCACAGGCAGCGUCACAGCUGACCCCGGCCAUUUCUUCGGCCCUUCAGCAAGCCUUGGCCCAGUUUCAACCAGCUCAACCAGCUCAAGCCGUGGUGACACCACAGCUGGAUAUAGGGGCAUUGUUCCAGUCGGUCCAGCAGAUCAGCCAGCAAGUCCAGGGUCAGAGUUCAGCACCCCAGUACUCAAUGCCCUCUGUCAGCCCAGAUCUAAGCGCCAUCCUGGCCAAUUUACAGCAACAACAACAGCAGUCUUCUCAAGCUCAACAUUCGGCCCUGCCUGUUGGCAUGGGUGCUAAUCCUAAUCCUUAUCCGGGCACGGCGGAUGAUUCGUCACGAAAGCAUGCUCGGACCGACUCCAAUGACUAUGACGAACUUUCCAGGAAAGGAGGAGCCAAGAAGAAGAAACCUUACAACUACAAAACCCAGAUAUGUUCAUUCUGGGAGCAAGGCCGAUGUACUAAGGGUGAAGCUUGCACAUACCGACAUGGUGACGAAGACUUUUCUUGA